AUGGCUCCAAAAUCACGGUUUGCGCGACUAGACGCUUUUACAAAAACUGUCGAAGAUGCGCGGAUACGAACUAGAUCAGGGGGGCUGGUCACAAUCGUUGCGCUGUUUGUUAUAUCAUUCCUUAUCUGGGGUGAGUGGUAUGAGUAUAGACGUAUAGUAGUAUUGCCGGAGUUGGUUGUUGACAAGGGGAGAGGGGAGAGAAUGGAAAUACACUUGAAUAUCACCUUCCCACAUCUGCCCUGUGAGCUCCUCACUCUAGAUGUGAUGGAUGUUUCCGGCGAGAUGCAAUCCGGGAUCAUUCACGGUAUCUCCAAAGUGCGCCUAGCCCCUGAAUCAGAGGGAGGUCACGUUAUCGAUACUACUGCGUUGGUAUUGCACACUCAAACAGACGCUGCCAAACACCUUGACCCAGAUUACUGCGGUCCAUGCUACGGAGCUCCUCCACCAUCUCAUGCGACAAAACCAGGAUUGUUGCUCUACCUGCGAGAAGUUAGAGAGGCGUACGCAUCCCAGAGUUGGGCGUUCGGACGCGGAGAAAACGUCGAGCAGUGCGAACGAGAGGGCUAUAGCAAAAACCUAGAUGCGCAGAGAAAUGAAGGAUGCCGCAUUGAAGGCGUGCUUCGCGUUAAUAAAGUUGUUGGCAACUUCCAUAUCGCUCCAGGCCGCAGCUUCUCAAGCGGCAACAUUCAUGCCCAUGACCUGGACACUUACUACCACACCCCGGUUCCACACCACAUGUCCCAUAAAAUCCACCAGCUGCGCUUCGGGCCCCAGCUGUCUGAUGAGAUUUCAAGCCGCUGGAAGUGGACUGACCACCACCACACCAACCCGUUGGACAACACUUCGCAACAUACUACUGAUCCCAGAUACAAUUUCAUGUACUUUGUUAAGGUCGUGUCUACUUCCUAUCUGCCUCUUGGUUGGUCUCCAGAAUUUUCAAGCUCAGUUCACGAGACCACCCUCGGGAAUACGCCUUUGGGCAAGCAAGGAGUACAUUUUGGCUCCAGCGGAAGCAUUGAGACACACCAGUACUCUGUCACUUCGCACAAGCGUUCCAUUGACGGCGGCGACGAUGCUGCUGAGGGACACAAGGAGCGCUUGCACUCUCAUGGCGGUAUCCCUGGUGUCUUCGUCAACUAUGACAUUUCGCCAAUGAAAGUGAUCAACCGCGAGGCGCGAACGAAGACGUUCUCUGGCUUCUUAACCGGUGUGUGUGCCGUCAUUGGUGGAACGCUGACAGUUGCCGCUGCCGUUGAUAGGGCAUUGUAUGAAGGAGUUGCACGGGUGAAAAAGCUACACAAGAGCUGA